CGGGGCGGGCCCCGGGGCGGGGCCGUGACGUCAGUUGCGCGCGUGGCUCUGGCUGCGCAGGAACAGCUGGUGCUUCCGAGGGCGGUCGGCGAGCGCGCGGGCGUGGGGCGCUGGGGGCCCGGUCGGGCAGCGCUGCGGGAGCAGCCGCCGGCACCGCCGCCUUGCACCAUCGCAUCAUGUCCGGGCAGCUGGAGCGUUGCGAGCGCGAAUGGCACGAGCUGGAGGGAGAAUUUCAAGAACUGCAGGAGACGCACAGGAUCUACAAGCAGAAGCUGGAGGAGCUGGCUGCGCUGCAGACGCUGUGUAGCAGUUCCAUCAGUAAGCAGAAGAAGCACCUCAAGGACUUGAAGCUUACACUCCAGAGGUGCAAACGCCAUGCCAGUCGGGAGGAGGCGGAGCUCGUUCAGCAGAUGGCAGCGAACAUCAAGGAGCGGCAGGACGUCUUCUUCGACAUGGAGGCCUACCUGCCCAAGAAGAAUGGGCUCUACUUGAACCUGGUCCUCGGCAAUGUGAACGUGACCCUCCUCAGCAACCAGGCCAAGUUUGCCUACAAGGACGAAUAUGAGAAGUUCAAGCUCUACCUGACCAUCAUCCUGCUCCUGGGUGCCGUGGCAUGUCGAUUCGUCCUUCACUACAGGGUGACUGACGAAGUCUUCAACUUCCUGCUGGUGUGGUAUUACUGCACCCUGACCAUUCGGGAGAGCAUUCUCAUCAGCAAUGGCUCAAGAAUUAAAGGCUGGUGGGUGUCUCACCACUACGUCUCCACAUUCCUGUCCGGAGUGAUGCUGACCUGGCCUAAUGGACCCAUUUAUCAGAAGUUUCGCAACCAGUUCUUAGCAUUUUCCAUUUUUCAGAGCUGCGUCCAGUUCCUGCAAUAUUAUUACCAGAGGGGCUGCCUCUACCGGCUGCGGGCCCUGGGGGAGAGGAACCACCUGGAUCUCACAGUGGAAGGGUUCCAGUCCUGGAUGUGGCGGGGCCUCACCUUUCUCCUGCCCUUCCUCUUCUGUGGCCAUUUCUGGCAGCUCUACAAUGCCGUCACGCUGUUUGAGCUCUCCAGCCACGAGGAAUGCAGAGAAUGGCAGGUGUUCGUACUGGCGCUCACCUUCCUCAUCCUCUUCCUCGGCAACUUCCUGACCACGCUCAAAGUCGUGCAUGCCAAGCUCCAGAAGAACAGAGGCAAGACAAAGCAGCCGUGAGCCUCGGGCUCCUGUGCCCUCGGCCCGGACUUCAGACUGCAGGGGGCUCCCGGGCUCCUUCCCAGCAGCCAUCUCAGGCCCGUGGCAUCGCUGGGAGAGGGCCCAGGCCCUGGUCCCCCAGUGGACCCCAGUGGUCUAGAGGAAUGUGAGCCCCGCCUGUCCGCACAGUGUCCGCCCACCUAUUUAUGACAUAUUUAAUGCUGGGUCCCCCAUCGUCCCUGGAACCCGAGGCCUCACUCCUGUGCUUGAAGGUGGCUGAGGCCGGGCCAGUCUUCCUGGGGAUGGGGCCUGAAGCCUCAGGGAGCCCCUCUGUUCCCACUUCUGUCAUUUGAACCCCUCUGGGUGGGGUUUGGAUGUGCCUCGCGGGGUUGGAUUUAUGCUGACCUGCUCCUUACCAGGCCCAGGCUGGGGUGGUGUGAACCCUCAGUGUCCUGUGGCGCCCCCACCCCGGGGCCACUCUGCUUCUGCUGUGAGCCCCCUCCUCGCCCACCCCGCCGCGUGGUGAGGGUUAUUUAAGUUCUCAGAGACCCAC